AUGCAUUCUAGGCUUCGCUUUUAUGUCCCGAGCCAUGUCAAUAUAGAUGACUUUGACAAGUGCCUCAUGGAUUCCAGGACGGAUUUUGCUGAUGUUGCGACGGAGCAGGAAGCCAUUGAGCUUGAAGCGAAGAGCCCCAGUCCGUUCUUUGUCCUUGAGAAGGACUAUUUUACGAUCUACAAUUCACCCGAAGGCACAGUCAAGUGCAAUUACUUGUCGCGAAACUACAUCAUGUACAUUGCCUAUUUCCAAUCUAUGUCUAUCAGCUGGCCCUAUCUUGUCGUGCUAGAUGGGUUGAAGGUGUUCCCAAAGCCGCCGGUUAUUCAAUUUGUUCCGAUUGGAUUUAUAUCGGACAUGGUUGGUGGCAUUGAUGCGAACAAUAGCGUUGCGGUUUACUACACGAUUUACGAUAUCGGCAAGUUCGCCCAGACGGCUAAGGAGAUGGCGGAGUACAACCAAAAGUUCUUUGUCGCACUACACAGCGGUAUCGUCGAGUAUGUUGAUAUGGAGGAUAUAAACAAGAGAGUGGAGUUUUCCCUUGGAGACUUUGCCAGCUAUAUUACUCAGAUAUCGGAUGAUCCAGCGAAUAUCGGAAGACUCAUGGAGGAACUGCGGUUCAAGCUCAGGGCCAGCUGUGGCAACGAUGUGACUGAUAGCGAGCAGUUCCGACUUAUCCCAGAGUCCAGGUAUGCCGAGUACCUGGAGGAAGAAGCAGCUGCGGAUUUCGACCCCGAUGAUUCUGAUCCUAAGGGAGUCGAAAUGGAUUACGGCAUGGUGGUGAGCCACGAGCACGACUCUAUAUUUACCGUCGAGACCAUUGAUGGCAUUGUAUAUCUCAGUUGCGGUGGGCAAUAUCUCUUUUGUCCUGAUGACGGCGAGUGUUUGAUCAAGAUGGGGCCAGAGCUUCCCAGCAAGGAUGAAAGGCUGCACCUGGAGCAAUGCGGGCAGGUGAUCAAGUUCUCUCGAUGGAACAGAUAUGGGUAUGCCUACUUGUUUGGUGAACUCGAUAUUCCUGAUGCUGUGAUGCUCCCAGGUCUGGGGUACCCGGAACUUGACGAGGCGACUCUCAAAGUGGUGCUGGUGAAAGUGUAG